GUCUGUCACGUUGUACGCAAGUCUGCCCCGUCACUAUGGCUGCAAGAGACGCGAGACGGUGAGAGCUUACUGCAACAAACGCAGCAUUUAAUAUGAAAACUGAUAGCUAAGGUUCACGUUCAGUGAGAUCAUACAUCAGCUGACAUUCAGGGUUGGUUAGUGAUAGCUGGUUGGAUUUGUUCAUAAACAUCGUCUAGCAGUGGUACGUUAAUGUUAUGUAGAAACCCUUUGAAUUUCAGAGCUCACAUUCCUACUUAACGCAGUAACCAAACGGUGGUUACCAUUUGGUCGAAAUGGCUAAAAUGUACCACAAAGACAAAAGCAUUCCGAUAAAGAGCAGCGCCUCUGCGUUGUACAACAACCUGAGCGUCCUGCGCAUCGCGCCGCGCUGCCUCACCUAUUUCACCGUGGUCCAUGCCAACGUUGUAAAUAUGGUUAGCGCUUCUUGGGACGGGCUGAACUAUUCCCAUCGACAGCUGCAGUCGAAAGAGGGCAACGUGGCCACCAGCUCCUCACUUAUUAUGCAGGCAGCAUGGUGUGUCCUGCCCUCGAGAGAUCUGCUUGUCCUCACUUCUCAGAAAGGAAUUCAGAUGUACGAAUCGGAUGGAUCCAUUAUGGUCUAUUGGCAUUCGCUGGACACUCCAGAAACCCCCACAGCUAAGGCAGUGUUUGCACGAGGAAUUGCAGCAGUGCGGGAAAAAUACAUUUGUGUUGGAGUCUCAUCUGGAUCAGUUCUUGUGUUCGAUGUUCCCAAUAAAGGCAGUAACAUCACCCUGUCUGAGGUUCUGGAGGAACACAAAGAGGCCAUCACAGAUAUGGCCUCCGAGUGUUCAGGCAAUCCGGAGUGCAUUGCUGAUUUAGUUAGUGCUGAUGAUUCAGGCCUCCUCUGUGUGUGGAAAUCAGGAGAUGAUUUUCAGUUGCUCAACAAGAUCCCUGGUUUUGAUACAAGUUGUUCCUCAGUAAAGCUGUGGAAGGGGACAGUGAUUGCAGGCUAUGGGACAGGGCAGAUUCGUCUGUAUGAGGGAGUCACAGGGAUACUGCAUGCAGAGGUCAAUGCUCAUGCACGCUGGAUCUACUCUUUGGACAUUGCCCCUUUCACUGGCCUGCUGCUUUCUGCAGCUGAAGACUCUUGGGUUAGAGUGUGGCAUCUGAGCGUGACCCCAGAAACUAACAGCGUAGAGAUCGAGCACAUGUACAAUGAGUGCGUAACUGAUACUCAGAUCUGUGGAGCCAAGUUCUGUGAUGGGGAUGGCUACGCUUUUGCAGUGACUGGCUACGACUUGAGUGAAAUUAUUCGCUACACGCAGGCAUAGGUUUUCCUGUACAUUAGCGUACUGCUUGUGUAUGUAUCUUUGGUGUGUAAGGAUCAUUUGCUACAGUAUAUUCUCCUAUGGCAUGUUCCAUAGGAAUAAAGUAAUGUCUGGACAUUAUAUUUGUGUAUUCCAUGUGAUAGUGUGCAACCAUAAUGUACAGGAUCAGUCUGGAUAUAUCUGAAAUGGGCUAGAAGCACAACUUGAACAACAGGUGGCAGUGUUUUUAAUGGUCUGUUUGUGCUGCCAGUUUUGGCAAAUACAAAAUACACGUUCUGCCCUGAUAUUGGAGUAAAUGUCAUUACAGUCAUGUUUUGUGAAUGUAUAGAUUUCCCCAUUAAAGGCGGAGUCCACGAUGUUUGAAAAACACUUUGGAAAAGGAGACGGGCCGACUACCAAAACACACUUAUAGCCAAUCAAAUCAAAUCAAAUGCCGAGUUGCGUAUGUGUGGGGUGGGUCUAUCAACAGAAGGUCCAGAUUCUAUUGGGGUAGGGGGGUGUUUGUUUAGGUGAUUUCAAAUAUCAACAUUGGCUAUCAAACAUCAUUUAAUCUGGGUCAAAAACAUGAUAUAAACAAAUAUUUUUCUAUUAGUAUUUUGUUGUUUACAUUAUUUGUAUAAUUUUAUUCACAAUUACAUAAUGUCAGAUAUUAUUAUUUUGCUUUAGUAAAUCAAUUUAUCAGACUUGCCGGUUUCCUUGACUUCAGUAAGACAAAAUAAUGGUACAGUACAGUGUUUAUUUAUUUCAUUUGAAUAUUUUAAAUGUGAAACACUGCAUAUUGUGUUUUUCUGAUGGACAUUUUAUAUUUAUUGUUUUACCUGUUUUAUUGAAACAUUGAAAUGUAUGCACUGUUUCAAGGUAAAAGCUGCCAGUGUUUCACAAUAUUUUGUUGUGUUUAUUUCUGUUCUGUUAUUUUUAGUGUAACUGUAGACCACUAUAUUAGUGACAAUCCAGCAAAAAAAUGAAUAUUGUUUUGGCUUUUGUUGUAAUUACAAAUAUGUACCAGU